GAGUGGGCAGCUCCUGGCAUCUUGGAAAAUACAAUGGCAAGUAGAGCAAUAACAGCAGCCGAGGGUCCUCUAUCUCCGGCACAAGCAAUCUGAGUUCCAGUGCCAAAGGCGGCUCGUCAGCCCUGUCUCCACUAAACCAAAAAUUAUCCAUCUGCUAAAGUCGCUCUCUGCUGUCCAUUGGAAGCGGCUUUCUGUAUGAGAGGGCAAUUUGCUUCUGUCCCCCAGCGUGCACGCAUUCACACACACAUCACCCAACCUUUUGCACUUGUGCUUGUCCUAGUUGUGUAGGUGACGACGAGGUUAGACAAACAGACAGCAGCUCUCCGGGGACAAGGCCAGCGGCUACUGUGUCUGUGUGGGCUGUGGCUACUCCCCCUGCAUGCCGGCUUGGGAGGCUUGGCCUGGGCUACUCUUCCAAUCUGAGACGGACACUGGAACCAGAAGGGGACUCGAUUCCUCAUCUGGCAGGAAUUAAGGAGAAGCAACAGGAUUCCCUCAAAGAAGAGCCAACAAGGAAGAUGUUGCACAACAGUGCUCACAGGAGGGUCCUUGACAGAAGGGGAGACCCUAUGACUUUGUAGCAGAAAUCGAGGCAUCCUGAGUGGGUGGAGACAGUUCUGUCAGAGAGGACGUGGGGCCCUUGUCCAGGAUGAGUUACAGCAUGCCCUCUGUACAUGAUUUGUACCGCAGCACCACUACCACCUCCGAACCAGACCCAGGGUCAACCAUGGACAGGGCUCUACCAGAAACUGCUACUGUAAGCCCUGAAACCACCAACUUUAACAGCAGCAAAAUUCCAGAUGUGGUCAGCAGUGGGCCCGGCCUGAGCACAAUGCUCCUCUCAUUUGGAAUCAUUACUGUGAUUGGGUUGGCUGUAGCAAUGGUUCUCUAUAUCAGGAAGAGGAAGAGGUUAGAGAAGCUGCGGCACCAGCUCAUGCCCAUGUACAAUUUCGACCCCACAGAAGAACAAGACGAGCUGGAACAAGAGCUGCUGGAGCAUGGAAGAGAUGCUGCAUCUUCCCAGGCCACCCAGAACAAGAUCCUCCUGACAAGCCAGGGAACCGUCCAGAGACCCAGCCGUCUUGUGUUCACAGAUGUCGCUAACACUAUCAAUGCAUGAACGACACCUGCCCCUGCUCUGGAUCACUCUGAGAUCAGGGAGAACGGAGCCAACCAGUUACAUACCACAAGCAUGGAUGAGGAUACUAAGCCUACUGAGCACCUCAUCAGUUUGUGCUGCGACUGGGGAGCAGUUCUGGGCAUUUACACCCUUCAGGCAGCAAAUGCUUGGUGGUGAUUGGCUGCAGCAACUUUUGGUACGUCCAUCGCUACCAAAGGGUUCUGAGCUACCAUGCCCAGAUUUCAGGAGCGAUCCUGGUUAGUGCCAUCUUACCAAGCUGUGCAGGGAUGAAGAUAAACUGUCUUGAAGCUAAAUCGGUCAGAACGCAGGACCCUACCGAGUCAUGGGAUCGUGGUGGAGGUGGGAGCACUUGUUUUGAAGGGCUUUCCCAAUGAUUUUUUACCAUAACAUCUCACGAUUGGAGUCCUGCAGUGUAAUCUAAUGGUUUCCACAGAGCUUAGGCAGGUGCCUGGAGGUGACUUAAACCCCCUUGAGCUGGGAGGCCGGGCAGCUGUGCCUGCCUCCUUAGCAGUGCCCAUGAGCACAUG